GUGGAAAAGGUGAAAUUAAAAAUAAAAUAAAAUUCCCACCGAACUUGGCAAUACUUUGGCAUGACAAUAGGUUGCGGAUCAAGUUCCCGGACUUCCAGUUGCCUCUUCGUACUUCUUACGCGAGGGAGGCGAACUCACCGAAACGGAAUCUUUGGUGAUGGUUUUCAGUUUUGGAUUCACUCAGAGUCACGGAAGCCACAUCUGAAAGGAAUGGAGAAAGCACGGUGGUUGCUGGCACUGGUACUCGGAGCGGCACUGAUAAGUACCGAUGUAGCUUCCGGCAGUUCCAAUUCCGAACAUGAUUUGGUUUUUCGUAUCGCCUUCGGUUCUUGCUCCAACCAAAGCGCUCCGCAGCCCAUCUGGGAUGCCAUAAACAAGUUCGAUCCCCAAGUAUUUAUAUGGCUGGGUGACAACAUUUAUGGAGAUAAUAGACUUCCUUUUAGAAUUUUUGGAAAGGAAAGGACUAUUGGUCCCUGGAAGAAUGUUCGCAUGUUCGUUCCUUCUUCUCCUCAGGAAAUGCUCUCCAGAUACAAUAAAGCCAAGGCCAAUCCCGAUUAUUCACGUCUUCGGGCCAAUGCUAAGGUAAUUGGUACUUGGGAUGAUCAUGAUUAUGGACUGAAUGAUGCUGGAAAAGAAUUUACAGAGAAAGUUGCUAAUCAGAAGCUUCUCCUUGAUUUCUUAGAUGAGCCUCAAGAUAGUCCUAGGCGUGAGCAGGCUGGCGUUUAUGUAUCUUAUACAUUUGGUUCUCUUGGUAAACAAGUCAAGAUUAUACUCUUGGAUACUAGAUAUCACAGAGAUCCUUUAUCUAGUGACGGAACUAUCUUGGGGGCUUCGCAAUGGACAUGGUUAGAGAAAGAGUUGAUGGGUCCAGCAUCAGCCAUUACGAUAAUAGGAUCCUCAAUUCAGAUGGAGCUCCUCAUCAGUCGAUAUUCCUUGGUUUCUAGAAUGCACUUUCCUCUACCUAUAGCACAGGCAGCAAAGUAUAAGAUAAUAUUUCAUUACAGCUGUGUUUCUUAUUGCAUAUUUGUCAUUUUUCAGGUUAUAUCAAAUAUUUCGGCUACAACUGGUCCACUACUACAUUCGGAAUCUUGGGGACGCUUCCCAAAGGAAAGGGAUCGCCUCUUUAGAUUGAUAGCAAAUAGUAAGAGAGAUGGAGUCCUCUUUAUAAGUGGGGAUGUUCAUUUUGGAGAAAUUACACGAUAUGACUGUGCAGCUGGAUAUCCCUUGUAUGAUAUUACCUCAAGUGGUCUUACCCAAACUGUUGAGAAAGCAGUCCCAUCACCACUCCAUUUCAUAGUGAGAUUUUUAGCGUGGUAUACACCAAGUACAAUGAGAGUUAAGAGCUCGAGUUGUAGGCAUAGAUCAUGUACAUAUGGCCAACCAAAUUUUGGAACAAUUGAGAUAGAUUGGGAUGCAACUCCUGUGACUUUAAAAAUUGAAGUGAGGGAUACAAAUGGACUUCCUGUGACAGGUGUAAAUAUUUCAUUAUUGGACCUGCAGGCCCAGAGUUCUACCAUGAAAGCAAGAGAACACCAGAGUCACUGUACUCUGGAAGUUUCACUUCCUUGGAUUGUCAGAUACCGUCUUGCUAUUCUGUUCUACUGUCUUGUAUCUUGUAUGUUGUUUCUGAUACUUGCAUGGUUCUCCUCUCUUUUUUUCCUUACACCUCCCCCCUAACCCUUGAGAAAUUCAGUUGUUUCAUGGGAUACUUCUAAUGUGUUAUGCUUAGUGUCACUGGAUUCCCAGCCAAUAAAAAGAUGCUGAGGUCAGCAUCUUUCUAUUGGCUGGCAAUUCCACAUAAGUGGUUUACCCAUGAGCCAAGUCACAACAAAAUUUCUCCUCCCAUUCCUGUCUUUCCUUUCUCUUCUAUGUGAUUCAUACCAUCUACUUUCCUGCACGUAUUUUAAAGGCACAUGACAUGUAUUGAUGGGAUCUGUGCAGAAAUAUGGGUUGCUAGAAUACCAGAAGUGCUAGGUCAUAAUGAAAGACUAAUAAACAAUCUGCCCUUAAUAUCUAAUCAUCUGAAUUUCAUUCUUUUGAAUGGUUAGCUCACACAAUUCCGAAUGUUUUUAUGUUGAGCAGCGAAGUUACGCUAUAGAGUAUAGAACUCAUUGCUGCAUUAUCUUCUAACAUCCGAAUGCCUAUUUUUUUCUUUGCAUUGAUUGUUUUUCCUGCAUUAACUCAUUUACAUACCAUAUAGACACAGCAAUAUCUAGUGCUAAGUUUUCUCUGUAUAUGUUUCUCUUAUUGUGAUUUUGUUUUAUUCAAUAUUGCAGUGGUGGUUCUCGCUUUGGUGGGACUUAUUUGUGUGCCUAUAUUAGUUUUUCGGAUGUGCCUUCGCAAAUGCAAGACUGAUUGAUCUUAUGAUCAAUGGUAUCUUCGCAAUAGGUUUCUGUGUAAGUGCCACUAGUUAAACAUGUGUAUACCUCAAGGUCCUGAAGGAUUUAUUUGGUUAUUAUCUGGUAUUUCUUUAAUUAUCAGAUAUUGGUCAAGAUUUGGCUUACAGAGGUAGAGGAGCCUGUAGUUGUCUUUCUAUAGAAUUUUAACUUAUACAACUAAUUCCCAUUGUCUGUAACUUAACUCAUACGGUUGUGUAGAAUUAAACUGCUAGUGGCAGACAUGAGCAAUAAUCAUUUGAAUAUGCA